AUGGACGAGGACGCUCCAUCGGAAAACCGCGUCGCCCGCCAGGCCCUGCUGCGCCUGGCCGAGCUGCCCGGCUACACGUGGGACACGGAGACGGAGCCCUUCCACAGCUCCUACGACAACUGGCACUUUUUCGGCUUCCAGCACCCCGUGAAGCCGCACCAACAGCUGCCCAACCGCGCCCUUACCUCGCACAGCUUUUCCACCGGCUCUGACCCCAAGCCCGCGCUGCGGACCCACCGCUCGUCCAACAGCGAGGCGAAUGCCGCCUCUUUGACCCAGCAGGUGGCCGAUGGCACCCCCCCGCGUGGCCGGCGCGUCGUCGCCCGCGUCUCCAACCACAUCCUGCGCCUGGAGCGCGAGUUUGCCCUCGCCAAGUCGAUCGUGACCGAGUGCGACCCGGACUGCAAGCACUUCGUGCGCCCCAUCGAGCUGGUGCGCUUGCCAGCACGCCCCGGCAGCGACACGCUGAUCGUCUCCAUCUUCGAAUCGCCGGGUGACAACUACAUCCGCGACAUUGUCGAUCUGGGCCCGGCCUUCUACAGGAUCGCCAAAUGGCAGGCCCCGGCCGGCACCAAGACGGCCAUGCAAAUCCCGCUGCAGCUGUUCAUGCGCUUCGCAACGGGCGCCUCCAAGUCGCUGGAGAUCCUGCACAACAACAAGAAGCUGGUGCACGGCGAGAUCCGCGGCGACGCCUUCCACUUCAACCAGGAGACGGGCGAGGUGCGCAUGCUCAACUUUGGCUCGGGCACGCGGAGCUUCGAGAAUGGCUUGACGUCAGCUGGCUGGAGCACCCUUAGCCGCGAGAUUGGCGUCGAGCACAAGCUGCAGUUCAUCGCCCCCGAGCAGACGGGCCGCCUGCCUGCCGAGCCCGACACGCGGACUGACAUCUACAGCCUGGGCAUUCUGUUUUGGACGAUGCUGACGGGGGAACCUGCAUUCGAGGGAGACAAGCCGCUGGAGAUCAUGCAGAGCGUGCUGUCACGCCGCAUACCGCCCGUGUCGUCCAAGCGGCUGGACAUCCCCGAGGCGCUGUCGCAGGUCGUGGCUAAGAUGACGGCUAAGAACAUCGAAGAGCGCUACAACUCGGCGUCCGGGCUCAAGUACGACCUAUUCGAGCUAAACAAGAUCCUGUGCGACGGCGACGUCGAGCUACUAAAGACGUUCAAAGUAGCGACCAAGGACGUGUCGAGCUUCUUCAGCCUGCCGUCACGACUCAUCGGGCGCGACAAGGAGCGGCAGACGAUCCUGGAGGUGGUGGACCGCGUGUCCAAGAGCCAGCACCCUUCACUCAAGAAAAGCCUGUACAGCUUCGGGUCUACGUCAGGGUCGUCACUGAGCUCGCGGCUAGACAACUUGGCGCUCGAUGACAUCGCCGACGUGCGGUCCGAGAGCACCAGUUCCAGAGGCUCGGAGCACCUCAACGAGUCGCGCACCCCGCGCAACAACUCAGAGGCGUCGGUCUCGCUGCCGGAGCCAUCCGAUCAUCGGCCGUCGACCGAAAGCCGCUCUUCUAAUUGGAGCGCCGAUCAUGCCGUGCGCCGCAUGUCGUCGGCUCAGGCUGGUGACGACCCUGCCGGCCAGCUCAGGAACCACCACCGCUUCCGCAAGAAAACGCACUGCGAGCUGAUUGUCGUGGCCGGCGCGGGAGGCUACGGCAAGUCUAGCCUGAUCCAGUCGGUGCAGCCCGUAGUUCGCGGUCGCGGCUUCUACUUUGCAACCACCAAGUUUGACCAAGCCAAGCGUGCUCCCUUCGAUCCCAUCCUGAGGCUCAUGUCCUCGCUCUUCCGCCAGAUCUUCUCCGAGUCCAACAUCUCGACCGACUUCCACAACAACGUGCGCGCCCACGUCCAGCCCGUGUGGCCCAUCCUGCACUCGUACCUCGACCUGCCCGAGUGGCUGCUGGGAAACAUCACCAAGGCCUCGGCCCCCGACGUCGCCCACCAGCAUGCCUUCUCCAGCGCCAUCACCGGCCGCAACGCCUCGCGCGUCAUGAGCACCUUCAUCGACGUAUUGCGUAUGCUAGCCCGCCAGCAGUCCAUUUGCUUUUGCAUCGACGAUCUGCAGUUUGCCGACGACGAGAGCCUCGAGCUGAUCCAAGCCAUCGUCCACAACAAGCUUCCCCUCGUCAUGAUCCUCACCUACCGCGAGGAAGAGAGAUUGACCCCAGGCAUCAAGUCGCUGCUCGACUCGGCCACAAAUAUGACCAGGAUUACCUUGAACCCAUUUACCGAGGUGGACACGGCCCAUUUCGUUGCCGAGACGCUUCACCGCGAUCCCGAGUACUGUCUGCCACUGGUCGCCACCAUCCAAGAAAAGACGGGCGGGAGCCCCUUCUUCGUCCGCGAGAUGCUCGACACGUGCUACCGUAAGAAAUGCAUAUAUUACUCCUGGCAGGACUCGGCCUGGCACUUUGAUCUCGACAAGGUGUUUGCUGAAUUCAGGUCGACCGCCUACGGCUCGCGCAUCAACAACGACUUCAUCGUGAAGCGCCUGCAGGAGCUGCCCAAGGUCACCCGCUACCUCCUCGCCUGGGCCUCUUUGAUCGGGAGCACCUUCUCGUUCGCUAUCGUCAAGCGGUUGAUGCAGGGCGAGCAUGCCGCCAACGCCACGGGUCUCCCCAUCACCGACGUCGACCCCGUCGAAGGCAUCGACGGGGCCAUCGCUUCGUACAUUGUCAUGUCCGGUGACGACGAGGAUCGCUUCCGCUUCGCCCACGACAGGUACAUGCAGGCCUCGCAAUCGCUCAUAGAAAGCGAAAACUUCAACCAGAAUGAGAUGCACUUUGCCAUUUCCAAGACGAUGAUUGAGCACGCAUACCAGGACAACACGACCACGAGUUCCAAGUCCCUGUUCACCCGAGCCCGCCACGUUGCGUGCGCCUCGGAUCUCAUUAAGGGCAGGGUGAGGAACCGUGCGCUGUACAGGAACGCUCUGCAACAGGCGGCCGAGAAUGCCUGCGACGCCGGAGCGCGCUCCACGGGGCUCUUUUACUACACGCGCUGCUUCAAUCUCCUCCAGGACGACCCGUGGGACGAGUCUAACGAGGACGUCGACUACCGCGAGACGCUGAACAUUUACACGCGGUCAGCCGAAUGCUACUGGUACCAGGGCUUCUUCGAGCCCGCGCUCGGCCUUUGCCAGACCAUCUUCGCCCACGCCAAGACGGCCGUCGACAAGGCGCCCUGCUGGGUCCUGCAAUCGCGCAUAUUCGCCAUGCGAGGCGACUCGUUCGCCGCCUUCGAGGCCCUCAGGCAGUGCUUGGCGGAUCUGGGUCUCCGGGUCGAGGAAAAGUCGUGGGAGGAGUGCGACAAGCAAUUUCAGGUCAUGUGCGCUGGUCUGCAGCAGUGCGACAGGAUACAGCUCCUCUCGAGACCGCUGACGACGGAUCCAAAGCUCCUCGCCAUGGGCGCCGUCCUCGUGGAAAUGGCGAGCGCCGCCUUCUGGAGCGACUCCAGACUUUUCUACCAGAUGAGCAUGAUCAUGGUAGAUCUGCACCAGACCCGAGGCAACUUCCCUCAAGCAGCGCUCGGCUACGUGCACCUCGCCAGCAUAGCGGCCGGUCGGUUCGGCAUGACCAAGUUCGGCAUCGAGGUGGGCGAGAUCGCCAAGAAGCUCUUCAUCAUAUUCCACGACGACAUGUACACGAUAGGCCGCGGAGAGACACUGCACGCCCUGUUCAUGGGCCACCUCCAGACUCACGUGAGAGACCAGCUCCCCAUCCUCGACCGGGCCAUGAGCGCGACUAUAAUCUCGGCCGACCGCAUCCUCUCCCUCUUGAACAUGGGCAUCAACGCCUGCUUCAAGAUCUGGUCCAACUUCCCCAUCACCGAGGUCGAGGCGUGGAUCAACGAAGCGCCCGCCGAGUUCACAAACUGGCAGGAGGACCUUCGCGGGGGCGUCUUCCUCAUCUCGGCGCGCCAGUACCUCCGGGCUCUUCAAGGCAAGACUCUGGUCAAGGACCCCGAACAGGUGCACUGCGACGACGAGCACAAGACGUCCGACUACAUCGCGUUCGUGGAGAAGCGAGCGUCGAAUCCCAAGCGGCCAAAGACCAUCUACUACAGCUACAUGCUCACAAGCUUGUACCGGUUCGGCCACAUCAAGGAGGCGAUGGCGCUGGGCGAGACUCUGCUGCCCAUGAUGGAGGGCUGCUGGUGCAUGCGCAUUUACUACUCGAAUCUCUUCCAUCUCUCACUUUCCUACAUUGCCGCAUGCCGGGAGAAUCCGGAACGAGAAGACAGAGAGUCACUUUUGCAGCGAAUCGUAUCCUUCACCGAGAAAAUCCGCAUCGCAGCCAAUUACAACGACAUCAACUUCCGCUUGUACAUUUCCAUCCUCGAUGCCGAGUACCACGACCUGGUGUGCGAUUACGAACAGGCGUCCAAAUUCUACGAGAAUUCGCUGGACUAUGCUGAUCUGGACGGGUACAUGCUCGACCAAGGCCUCGCGUACGAGCUCUACGCAACUUUUUUGCUGCGGCGCGGGGCUCGCAGGCCGGCGAGACGCCUUCUGAUCGACAGCCUCCGCUGCUAUGCCAACAUCGGGGCUGCCGGGGUCCUCGACAACGUGCAUCAGAAGUUCGAAUGGCUGCUAAACAGCGAAAUUGGCAUCGAGACGGUCGACGUCGCCUGCCAGACGGACAUUGUGGAUACGGGCAACACGGCGUACAAGCUGGAGAAGCACGCUGGCCAGAUCGCACCCGAGACGCCGGCCGACAGGACCGAGGCUUGGCUCGCCCCGACGCCCAAUCCGGCGGCCAUCAAGAGGGCUGAUACGCACGGCGACCUGCCCGGCGGCUUCUCCGCCGUCGGUUUGGACGUCAUCGAUCUGACGGGCAUCCUCGAGUCCAGCCAGGUGCUCGCGUCUGAGCUGCAAGUCGACAACCUCUUGGCCAAGAUGACCGAGAUCAUCCUGGAGUCGACCGGUGCCGAGCUCGCCGCCAUCGUCACCGAAGACGAGAAGCUCGGCUGGAGCAUUGCCGCCACCGGUGGACCCGACGGAGUGACCAAGUACCCAGGCGGCCAGACACUCGAGUCGGUUGAGGACCAGGUGGCAAGGCAAGUAACGCUGUACGUGCUCCGAUUCAGGGAGACCGUCUUCGUGCAGAAUCUGCUCGAGGACGAGCGCUUCUCGAACGUUACGGACGCCUACCGGCGACGCAAUCCCGACGGGCGGGCCGUCAUUGCGAUUCCCAUCCUGCACGGAGACAACCAUCUGCUCGGGUCCAUCUACUGCGAAGGCGCCCCCAACCAGUUCUCGGAGCGCAACCUGACGGUGCUACGGCUGCUGGUCAACUCGGUUUCGGUGUCGCUCGCCAACGCGCUGCUGUUCAAAAAGGUCCGCGAAGUCAGCGCCAGCAACGUGGCAAUGCUCGAGAUGCAGAAGCAGUCGCUCGCUCAAGCACGGGCGGCGGAACUCAAAGCCAAAGAAGCCGAAGCCGUGGCCAUCCAGAACAUGAAGAUGAAGGAAGAAGCCGCCAAGGCCAAGUCCCUCUUCCUCGCCAACGUCUCGCACGAGCUGCGCACGCCGCUCAAUGGCGUCAUCGGCAUGAGCGAGCUGCUCAAGGGCAGCAAGCUGAACUCGGAGCAGGAAGGCUACGCCAACAGCAUCCGCGUCUGCGCCGACACGCUACUCUCGGUCAUCAACGACUUGCUCGACUUCAGCAAGCUCGACGCCGGCAAGAUGAAGCUCAUCACAGUGCCCGUGUCCCUCACCGAAACCAUCAGCGAGGUGGUGCGGGCCCUGUCGUUCACCAACCUGGAGCGUGGUCUGGAGACGGUCGUCCGCCUCGACAUCAACCCCGAACUGUUCGUGCUGGGAGACCCGGUCAGGCUCCACCAGAUCUUCAUGAACCUGCUCUCCAACAGCUACAAGUUCACCUCCAAGGGCACCGUCACAGUCGAGGCCAGAACCAUCGCCGAGGACGAGCGGUCCCUCGACGUCAACUUCAGCGUUUCCGACACAGGCAUCGGUAUAUCCGAGGAGCAGCAGAAGAAGCUCUUCCUGCCCUUCUCGCAGGUCGAGGACGCGAGCAACAGGAGCUACCAGGGCACCGGCCUCGGCCUUAGCAUCGUCAAGGCCAUCAUCGAGACGACCAUGGGCGGCAAGAUCUGGCUCAACAGCACUCCCGGCAACGGCACGACCGUUUCCUUCUCGCUCAAGUUCGACAAGGUAUCCAAGAAAGACGCGGUCGACUCGGCGUCGCCGCCUCCGCCGGCAAAGGACGAGGACGAGCCGGUCGAGAAGGAGGACAAGUCGCCAGGGCAGGUGGCGGUGCCUCCAUCGCACAAGGGCCUGCCCAAGCUUCCCCGAGAACAGAUCAGGGUGGCCAUCGCCGAAGACAACGCCAUCAACCAGCGCAUCGCCAUCUCGUUCGUCAAGAAGCUCGGCUUCCGGUGCGAGGCGUUUGGGGACGGCAAGAAGACGAUCGAGGCGCUCGAAAGGGCCAUGGCCGAGAACGACCCUUACCACCUCGUGCUCAUGGACGUGCAGAUGCCGGUGCUGGACGGCUACGACGCGACCAAGGAGAUCCGCCGGCACCCAAACGCGACGGUGCGCGAGGUCCUCAUCAUCGCCAUGACGGCCAGCGCCAUCAGCGGCGACAAGGAAAAGUGCCUCGAGGUCGGCAUGAACAACUACCUCGCCAAGCCCGUCCGCGCCGCCACGCUCAAGUCCCUCCUCGAGUCGUACCUGUCGCAGUCGCCCAAGCAGAUGCCUAACCUCCAGCAAGAAGCUACCGAGCUCGCUCAGAGCGUGUUGCAGGAGGCCUCUGAGGCACAGUCGAACCACUCGGAUGAGCGCGACGAGAUGACGACUAGCCCUGCCCUCACUGGCGACGCCAACCGCUCACCCGCGGUGCAGAAUAACUCGGAGGAGCUCCGGUCGGCGGAGAAUCACGCCAACGCGCACGCACAACAGAAUUCCUCGUCGGGCAAGUCGUCGCCGUCGCCGUCCAUAGCGUCAUCGGCUUCCACGGCUAUCAGGCAGGGCGGUGCUGCCAGCGGCCAGUCUUCGGUCAGACCGGGCGUGUCUCGUGAUGCGUCGACCGAGACGCGCUUGUCGGAGCAGAACCAUGCGGAUGGGAAGUGA